AUGAAAUUCUACAUUGAUGAUUUGCCUGUAAUUUUUCCGUACCCUAAAAUAUACCCCGAGCAGUACCAAUAUAUGUGCGACAUCAAGAAAACUCUUGACGCUGGGGGCAAUAGCAUCUUAGAAAUGCCUUCGGGGACAGGCAAAACUGUAUCCCUGCUGUCCCUAGCAGUUGCGUAUCAGACACACUAUGCAGAGCACCGCAAGAUCAUAUACUGUUCUCGUACUAUGUCCGAAAUUGAAAAAGCACUGGUGGAGUUAGAAUCACUUAUGGAUUACAGGUCAAAGGAACUGGGCCACAAAGAGCAUUUUAGAGGGUUGGGGUUGACCAGUAGAAAAAAUCUAUGCCUGCAUCCAAGAGUUCGCAAGGAAAGAAAAGGUACUGUAGUGGAUGAGAAGUGCAGGCGCAUGACAAAUGGCCAAGCAGCUCGCAAAGCUGAGCAAGACCCAACUGCUAAUAUCGAACUAUGUGAUUUUCAUGAGAACCUUAAUACUAUGGAUCCUGAGAACUAUGUUCCAGUGGGCGUUUAUUCUUUUGAAAAGUUAAUAAAGUACUGCGAAGAGAGAACAAUGUGUCCGUAUUUCACGGUUCGUCGUAUGAUUGCUAUGUGCGAUAUAAUGAUUUAUUCCUACCAUUAUUUGCUAGACCCAAAGAUUUCAGAGAGAGUGUCUAAAGAGGUUUCCAGGGAUGCAAUUGUGAUUUUCGAUGAGGCUCACAACAUUGAUAAUGUUUGUAUCGAGUCGCUAUCACUUGACUUAACUAAUGAUGUUUUAAAGCGUGCGACUAAGGGCGCAAACAACCUAAACGAAAAGAUACAGGAGGUUCGCCAAGUCGAUUCGCAAAGACUCCAGGAUGAAUAUGAGAAAUUAGUCAAUGGCCUUCGCGCUCCUGACAUGCUAGGCGCAGAAGAACCGCCGGUUGAGUCGCCGGUUCUCUCACAGGACUUGCUUUCGGAGGCCAUUCCAGGAAAUAUACGGAGAGCUGAGCAUUUUGUUUCUUUCUUGAAAAGGUUUAUUGAAUACUUGAAAACCAGGAUGAAAGUAUUACAUGUUAUAUCCGAGACACCUAACUCAUUUCUUCAGCAUUUAAAGCAACUUACCUUCAUUGAAAGGAAACCGUUAAGGUUUUGCUCCGAAAGGCUUUCAUUGCUUGUAAGGACGUUGGAAGUAUCAGAGAUCGAAGAAUUUACCGCACUUAAGGAUAUAGCAACUUUUGCCACAUUAAUUUCGACGUACGAGGAGGGCUUUGUGUUGAUUAUUGAACCUUAUGAAAUAGAAAAUGCCGCUGUUCCCAAUCCAAUAAUGAGGUUCACUUGUCUUGAUGCCUCGAUAGCAAUAAAGCCUGUGUUUGACAAGUUUUCCUCUGUGAUCAUAACUUCCGGAACUAUUUCGCCGUUGGAUAUGUACCCCAAGAUGCUGAAUUUUGAGACUGUUCUUCAAGAGUCUUAUGCAAUGACUUUAGCAAAGAAAUCUUUUCUUCCAAUGAUUGUGACAAAGGGCUCUGAUCAAGUUGCGAUCUCGUCGAGGUUCGAGAUUCGUAACGAUCCAAGUAUUGUUAGGAACUAUGGUUCUAUGCUAGUUGAAUUUGCUAAGAUUACGCCAGACGGAAUGGUGGUUUUUUUCCCCUCAUAUUUGUACAUGGAGAGUAUUAUAUCUAUGUGGCAAACAAUGGGCAUUUUAGAUGAAGUCUGGAAGUAUAAGCUUAUCUUAGUUGAAACGCCAGAUGCACAAGAAACCUCUUUGGCUUUGGAAACCUAUCGUAAAGCCUGCUCAAACGGCCGUGGAGCAAUUUUAUUAUCAGUUGCUCGAGGAAAGGUAUCAGAGGGAAUUGACUUUGACCAUCAUUUUGGCAGAACCGUGCUUAUGAUUGGUAUUCCAUUUCAGUACACUGAAUCGCGUAUAUUGAAAGCUCGGCUCGAGUUCUUAAGGGAACAUUACCAAAUAAGGGAAAAUGACUUUUUGUCAUUUGAUGCCAUGAGACACGCAGCGCAAUGCUUAGGGAGAGUUCUGAGGGGGAAAGACGAUUAUGGAGUCAUGGUGUUAGCAGAUAGGCGGUUCGCGAGGAAGAAAGGCCAGCUUCCGAAGUGGAUCGCACAAGGCUUAUCAGAUGCUGAUCUCAACCUUUCAACAGAUAUGGCAAUUGCCAAUACAAAACAGUUUUUGAGGACAAUGGCGCAGCCCACAGACCCUAAAGACCAAGAGGGCGUUUCCUUGUGGAACUUCGAUCAACUGAUUCAAUUUCAAAAUGAACAGAAAAAGAAAAAGGGACAGGGAUUUGUGCUGGACACGCAACCUGUCGAGGAGCAGGAAACGUCAAAGGAUCAAGAUGGUGAUAUUCAGAUGCUACAAUAA